AUGUCGACGCUAUCACCUCAAUUCAUUCGCGAUGAUUCCACUGCCAAUAUGAUGCUGCAAGAUGCCAAUCUAUCCGAAUCAUACCUUUCCACCACCUUGGACCCCGACGAAGUCUCCUUCAAAUCCUCCGUCAUUCGAUUUACUCCCUCGAACGAUGAUGACCAUGGACCAAAGACUUCUGCCUCGCCCAUGGAUUUUCAUCCGAACAGUGACUCGAAUCAUGAUGCCCACCAUCCGGCUUCGUACUCCGACUUCCUGAGCCCCGUGGAUGACUUCUCCAGCGAUCUGAGUCCCCAUACCUCCCCGAAUCCCAAUCUGUCUAGCGGGUUCGGGAUAGAUAUGCCUCCCGACUCUGGCUGGCAGCCAGACAUGCACACGGUGGCGUCAGAUACCAGCGAGAUGGUGUCCCCGCGGAUGACCAUGAAUCCUUCGCAGCUGCUGACCCCCAAUCUUACCAACAUCCCGAGCCCUUCUUCAGACAUUUCCAGCGUCAAGAAAUCCAAUGGCGUUGGUCCGGGAUCAGGUACCCCCCAGAUCCUUUGGCUGAAUACUAGCUCUGCAGUGGAGGGCCUCAGUGUCUGCGAGGCUCCCGAUUCCGCUAGGGCGAUUAGUCCCAUUGUCAAAGUGGAGAGUUAUUCCCGAGGCGAUUCACCCGUCCGGGACACCUUCUGCGCACGACGGAGACCCAGUCAAUCGUCCACCCAUCUCUCCCCGUGUGACGUACCCAGUGAUUCAGAGGAUGAAGACCGUCCAGGCGAUCCGGGCUAUGGCUUUAGUCCAUCGGUCUCUCGGACGCACGAUGGCUCGUGGAUUCCCAAUGCAGCCACCGGCCAGGCGGGCGUCGACCCGACAUCCCGGGAUGAUAUCUACCUCCCCAGCCCCAGUCAGAUGGAAUGGAAGCGCCAGUUGGACGAUAAGAAUGAAGACAUUCGGUCCUGGUCAGCUUCGGUCAGCGUGGCCAGUAUUGAAGCGGGAGAUGAAGCUCCCGCGCACCGAGGCCGCAGGGGCCCAACUGGCACCAGGCGGAGAGCAAAGAGUGCCGGUGACCCAUCGUUGCAGCAAGAGUAUUUCAACACCAAAUCGGCGAGUAUCCCCGGACCCGGCAUUCUCGUCCACGAAAUCAGCGACGACGAAGACAGCGAAUAUGAAUCUGUUAUCGAUGGCAGCAGCUCUGAUUCUCCGGCCGUGCCCGUGGGCGAGACGCGGUGGACCAACGGGGACCUGGUGAGUUCACCCACCAUGGAUCGGCCCCUGUCGCAAGGCGAGGACGAGGAGCCAUCCCCGCAUCAAUUCCUGAGAACCCCUCCCUGGAAGGACCCUGCGCGCGAUCCCUCCCCCCGUACCGCACGAACGCAGCCUCAGAGUUCAACUGCAGCUAUUGUGGAAUUCGAACGGCGGGCAAGGGACAUCGACACGGCAUCGCGCUCGGCUACCUGGGGGACGCGGCCCUUGAGCGAGGUGGAGGUCAACAGUAUCAUUGGCGCGGGCGGUUCGUUUGAACACCUGUCGAUCGAUCAGGGCAAGAAGCAUCAGAGAGGGAGUAGCCUUCGGAAGUUCCUGCACCGGAAACCCUCCAGCAGUCUCAAACGGCAUCUGUCGGAUCUCUCACUCACCCAUCCCAGCACCGACAAUGCCGGCAAAGGCGACGAGGUCAGAAGCCCGCAGAGAAAAGACAGUUUUCCCCAUCGAAAACUAAGCCUGGGACGCUCGCGAUCCCCUAGUCUGAGUACGGGAGGUGCUGUCAUCGCGAUAGCGGGCCAGAUGGCUGCCAUUGGGGGAAAGGACAGCAUCCGGGCGGCAUCCCCCAAUACCACCGUUAAUCCUUGGUCGUCCCUCAAAGCCCGUGGCAGGAGCCGAAGCGAGAUACCAAGGGCGUCGGCCCCCGGGCUGGUUGACUUGAUGACUAGCCACGGCGGUCCGCCAGUGGCCAAUAUAGCAUACUCGCCCCGUCCCAGCAGCGGUGAUCCUCCUCCGCAGCAGCCCCAACCCGGUCCGGCGCCCAACACCGUAGAGGAUGAUGACGAUGACGACGAUGAGAAAGCCUUGGUGAUGGAAUUCCCCGUCCAUUCGCGUCUCCCAGUCCCCACGCUGGAUGGAUUUAGAACCCAGAUUACCCAGUUGAACCCCCGACUUCCGCCCGCAUUGAUCGAGCGUUUUGCCAAUGAGCAGCUUCGCCGGUACAAAAAAUUGGUGGAAAGUAAACUCAGUCAUACACGUGCUGUUCAGCACAACAAGUGCUCGUCCGGUAAAUUCUGCUUCGCCCAGGGUGGCGAAGCCACCAUCUUAGCGCCCCGGACAAGUCCCCAGGACCCGGACGCGGUGCACACUCAGUUCCAUAUCCCGGGCCGCGGCGAGGCCGACGAUGAUCCCCAGUCGCUUGGUGAAGGGGCUGUUACCGCGGCCCAGUUCCCCCCCGGGGUCCCCUUGCCCCCGGUCAAGCGCCUCCCGGCCGAGUUUGAAUGCCCCAUAUGCUUUCACGUGAAGAAGUUCCAGAAGCCGUCGGAUUGGACGAAACAUGUCCAUGAAGAUGUGCAGCCGUUUACCUGCACGUUCCCCCAUUGUACAGAUCCCAAGUCCUUCAAGCGAAAGGCCGACUGGGUUCGACAUGAGAGUGAGCGGCACCGGAAGCUGGAGUGGUGGACCUGUACCGUCCCCGAUUGCAACCACACUUGUUACCGAAAGGACAACUUUGUACAGCAUCUCGUCAGGGAGCAUAAGAUGCCGGAGCCGAAGGUCAAGAAAUCCAAGACCAAGGGCAGCGGGAAACCCUCCGGGGGACCCGACGCCCAGGAAGAGUACAAUCGCGAGCGCGAGAUCGAGCAGCUCUGGGACCUGGUGGAACGAUGCCGCCAUGAUACCGCCAAGGGACCCAAGGAGGAGCCAUGUCGAUUCUGUGGCAACAUCUGCAGCAGCUGGAAAAAGCUAACGGUGCACCUGGCCAAACACAUGGAGCAGAUCGCCAUGCCGGUCCUGGGGCUUGUGAACGAACGAGACCUCUCAUCCAAUCCGGGUCUCGGCCCGGCGGCCAAGACAGACGUCCCUUCCACCGACUUUGCGCCCAACAUAAGUGGAGAAGCGUCGAUGAACUUUACGCAGGCACAGUAUCCUCCUGGGACCGCAUCGGGGGAGCUAACGGUCCCUUUCCACCCCACCUACGUUCCCCACUUGACUAACGGCUUGCUCUCCGCUGAGCCCGAGCCGAUGGACGCGUAUGAUGUGACCCCGUACGGAGCGACGGUGGGACUGCCGCCAGGGGAACAUUUGGACCAGUCGCGGUUGGUGCCUGUGCAUCAGAACUCAGUUACCUAUCCUCCUCCGUUCAAUGCUGGACCGCGACCAAGAGUCUCAAAUCCUAACUGGGGCGUGUUUUCCGAAUCCUACCAAGCACCGUCACUGACGCCCAUGGAGAUCAAUUCGACCUACCCAGCGGGCCCGUUAUGCAUGUCCUCCGCAGCGGAGGACCGCUAUGCCGGCCCAGGACCAGUGGCGCAGGGCAUGCCAUUUGAACCUUCUGGGACCUAUCGAACGCAGCUCUGA